AUGUGCUAUGGCUUGUUUACUGUAAAGUCUGCCUAUUAUUUGGCUUUAUCAAAUGUGGCUUCUGACUCUGCUAGCUCUUCUGUAUCAAGUGGUGAGGUUUGGAAAAAGUUGUGGAAUUUGCCAGUGCUGCCUAAGUUGAAACACUUUAUUUGGAAAUGUUGCUCAGAUGCUCUGGCAGUUCGUUCUCUUCUUGUGAAGCGUAAUAUUGUGUCUAAUGGAAAAUGUCCCUUAUGCAAUUCUGCAGAUGAAACUGUGAUUCAUGCGUUGUUUCAUUGUAACUUUGCUGCUGAUGUUUGGCUGGCCUCCUCUUUUAGGCUUUGCACUCAGUCCCUAGCUGGGUCAUCCUUUAAGGAUAUGUUUAUGAAUUUUCUGAAGCUAGCUCCAUCUUUUCCUGAUAAAGUAGAUGCCAUUAUUCAAUGGGUAACGCUGGUGUGGCAGAUCUGGAAGGUUAGGAAUCAGUUUAUAUUUCAACAUGCUAAUCUCUCUUUGUAUGAUACCAUACAGAGUUUCUAUCGGGGUGUUCAAGAAGGAAGGCUGGGAAUAAGUGGAGAGAAGUCUAAGCCUCUUGACCCUCCUGUUCCUUUAAAUAUUGUGUUACCAGCUACUAAUACUUGUCGAUAUAAAAUUUACACUAAUGGUGUUUGGAACUCUGUCUCUUGUUUAGGUGGUAGAGGUGUCAUGGUUCGCAACUAUAAAGGAAAAUUUGUGGUGGCAAAGUGCAAGCAUGGCUGUAGCGAUUCUGCAAUGGCAAUGGAGGCUGAGGCGAUAAGGGAUGCUCUCCUGCUCGCGCGUAGUAUUAAACUAGACUGUAUUUCUAUUUUUUCAGAUUGUAAGACUCUAAUAGCUCACCUGAUUAAUGCCCACUCUUCUCUUGAUUGGGCAUCAGUGAUGGUGGUAUCGGAUAUUAGAGAAUUAGUUGGUGAAUUUUCCUCUGUUGUUUUCAUGUAUAUUCCUAAGAUGUUAAACAAGGAAGCCCAUGUGUUAGCUAGAGGGGCUUCCCUGUUAUCUAUUUCUUCUGUGUGGUGGGUUAACCCUCCUAGCUUUGUUGUAAAUCCUUCUCUUCUAAAGAGGAGGGACUUUGCUGCGUGUUUUGAAUAA